CCCUCUCCUUUCCCCCUCGGAGGCACUGACCAUCACCAGGGUCUGGAUUACAUGGGCACUGACCACCAGGGUCUGGAUAUCAUGGGCACUGACCAUCACCAGGGUCUGGGUUACAUGGGCACUGACCAUCACCAGGGUCUGGGUACUAUGGGCACUGACCAUCACCGGGGUCUGGGUACUAUGGGCACUGACCAUCACCGGGGGCUGGGUACCAUGGGCACUGACCAUCACAAAGGUCUGGUUACCAUGGACACUGACCACCAGGGUCUGGGUACUAUGGGCACUGACCACCAGGGUCUGGGUUACAUGGGCACUGACCACACGGCGCUCUGUCCGGCUCAAGUUUGAACAGCCUGUGUCAGUUGGCAGUGCAACUAAGUCAGACUUCAUAGUCUGAGUCUUUGGUGUCUCAACCCCCAACCCCCACCCCCCAAAACCCCUGUACACAGAAGCUGAGGUCCAGGUGAACGCUGAGAGGCAACAAUGCCAGUUGAAGAUUGGGGAGCAACAUCCUGUUGUAGCCCCAAAUUUGGCCCAUUUUCCUUGAUCAGUCAACUUUGCAGUCUCCAGUUUGCUCUUGAAUGGUUCCUGGGUUGAACUUCCACUCUUUCAUCUGGGUGUUCCAGUUGUGCAGAGAACCUCCUGAUAUCCCUCCUAAUCCUGCUUUUGAACUAACUUGCAAUUCAUUUAAAAUCUGCAGAGAUCUGGGAACGGGAUGUGAGUGGGGCUACAACACAGGUCACAUGUCUGGGCCGUCACUUUCCUGCUAUAAUGUUCUUCAUGAAUUUGGCACCAGUCUCAGCAGUACAGACGGAUUGGCAUCCCUUUGGGGCAUCCCAAAACUUCAGCCUCCCUGUGGCCUUCUCUGACUCCGGAGAGGAGUUCUCUGCUGUGAGAAAUACCAUCAAUGUGAAUGUGCAAAUGAUCAUAGAAAACUUGCAAACCAAUGACUUACCUUGUGCCAUGAACAAUGACCCCAGCAGUAACGCGCAGACAAACAUAGCUGCAAAACGGCAGAGUGAGGGUGUGUUAGAUGGGACCUCCAUCAGAGUUUUAAAGGGGGCCGCUGUGGAGGACCUGAAGACUGGCUAUCCACCCUGCACACUUGGCACAGAGGAAUCCAGUUUGGGCCAUUGCAUCCUGGACUCGGACAGUGAUGAGUCUGUUGACCGAGAUAUAGAAGAAGCAAUUCAGGAAUAUUUGAAAAAGAAAACGGAAGAUCCAUCCUUGAUAUCGAAGUCUGUCCACGACACUAGCGUUCCCCCAGGGACACAUGAAGCCAUUGAAGACUCUGCUGCAGAUGUCAGCAAUGGCAUUUCAUGUGGACGAGAAGCGGUAGAUCCAACCAAACUAGGACUUGACUUUGUGAAUAUUGUCGGCCUGGAUGCUGCGGGAUCCAGAUGUUCUUCUCCCUCCAGUGUUAGCAGCAACGACUCUUUUGAACUGAGUAUACAGGCAGAAAUUGAAAGGUUCUUGCAAGACAAGCGGAAUAAGGAGACCGGCAGCUCUAGCACCAGCGCCCCUAAGAGUGAGCUUGCUUCUGCGGGGAGGACAGAACAUAAAGAAAAUCUGGUGAAGGUGGGACAGAAGAAGAGGAAGAGAUGCGUCAAGUCCAGCACAGGGAACCCAACUCACCUUGUCAAACAGUCAGUGAUGAAUACCAACUCUCAGGCUUGCAGCACUAAGUCCAGCCAUUUUGGGGAACCUGGGACCGCCUGCAGACCUGAGCAAGGCAGUGAAGGGAAUCCCAAAGGUAAUAAAAAGUUGGCUAGCAGAAAGAAACCAAGAGCAAGGCAUCGCUUUAAGGAACUUUACAAAAGCAGCAAUGCCCAGUGGAGCCUCAAUGCUGAAUUUGCUGAGCCAAGGGCCAAUCCCAUUACUGCAUGUGGAGAAUUGUCUGAUUCUAGCAGUGAUGAUGGGAUUGAAGAAGCCAUUCAACUUUACCAAUUAGAACAGAAGAAAGGGAAAACCAAGGAUGUUGCCUUCGUCCUUGGCUUGUUGUCUCACAAGCCCCCCAGCACUCAGAAAGGUGCUGAUUCCUCUUCGUGUGCGAGGAGCAUGGAGAAAGAAACACUGGAAGCAACUGUGAGCAAGAAGUGGAUACACUGUGCCCCAAAGCCUGGAGAAUUCUGUCCUCCAAAUCUUUCUGAUACUGACUCGAGUGAUCAGUCCAGCAAUGACUUUGUAACACAAAGUGAAAGAAAUACCACGGACUCCAGGCUUGGUUGGAAAAAAAGAUUUCAAGCUGAGACUUUGUCAGAAUCUUCCCCAAAACGGGAAGGGCCCCUUGCGACCAAAGUGCAGCCAUCUGCAGAUAGCAUUAUAGAUAGCACUGCUUCUGAAAGGGAAGAGCGAGCAGGCAAAGGCAAGGCAACCACUGAGUGCGCUGCUGUCUCCAAGCAAGUCAUGUCUUCCUCGGACAGUGAAAACAGUUCUGCAGACAGCAGUGACAGCAUUGAGAAAGAAAUUCAGAAUUACUUGGCUCUGAAGGCAAACCAAAGCAGUCAGAAAUCGAACGGAGUCGGAGCUGUGAGUGAAUUGAACAGGACCUUCCCCCAGGAAUUGAAGGGAGAAGACAGUCUGAAUGACUCUCCAUCUUUGUUCUCUUCUUUGUCUUCGUCUUCAUCUCGGACAUCAUUGUUGCAAAAAGGAAGGAUGAAGAAUAAAGUCAGCACUGAUCAUGAACUUGGAAUGGAGAAGCUGCGAGAAAGUCAACCACCAGAGCUUAGUGGGGGACCUGUUGCACUGACUAACGAUGGCACCAUCACCUCUAAGAUUAAACUUAAAGGUAGCUCAUCGGCACAAGAUAUCUGGUACGGCAGGACUGUCAACCGAGAUGAAGAGAAAUUGUCUCCCAUGGAUUGGAUUGGCGAGAAACUGUCCUGUGUUAAGCAUGUCCAUGAUUCUUGGCAGACAGAUGAGAAGAGUAGCUCACUGGACAGUGAUGAGGAUCUGGAUACAGCUACAAAGGAUCUCUUGAAAACCAGAAGGAAACUGGGGAAAAGAUCAAGGGACGCGAAGAACUGGUGCAAGAAGCGAGUGCGAUUUACAGGAGCAGAGGUCCUUACUUACUCUGAGCAAAGUGCAGGAAUUGGUGACCAAACUUUCAGGGCUACUGGUGAAGGCCUCACUGCAAGCCAUGGCCCCUUAAAAAGCUGUUUAUCAAAAAGUAGCAAGGCAGCUUGUAGACGUUAUUUAAAUUUGAAGCGUAAAGGGAACAAGAAGGCAGGGGAGCAGUCAGAAAGUGAAAGCAGCAGCAAAAUUUCUGGAAUCGCAAAGCCUAAGAUUGGUUUGUUGUGUGGUGCUCCAUCCAGCACAGCUGAGGGGCUGACUUGGAAAAAUGUGACCGCGGGUGACAGCAGUUCCCCAGACAGCGACGAUGGGAUUGAGCAAGAAAUUCUGAGGUUUCUAGCUGAAAAGGCCAGAGUGAAUAGCAGAUUGGACAAGCUCACAAACAACCAAAACAAGGUGCAAGGAUUUAACCAACAAGUGGAGGAAGGCAGAUUGUCAGAAAUGGCAGCUCAGGUCACAACACCAUCUCCCCUUUCUCAGCAAGCUGAGGGAUCUCACAACAUUAAUACAAAAGGACCACACCACCUGGCAGAUGAACCUGCAGCUGGGUAUUUGCAGAGAGAUACAAAAAGGGCUGGCACUGAAAGCAAAACUGAUGUUAAAGGGCAGGACCUGCUUCAGGACAUUCAUGGUACCUUCAGUGCACAGCGCCAGGCUGAACACAGACAUGUUGCCAGAGAACCAGCAGCAGCUUCCAAAACUGAAAAUAAAGCUGGGAUCACUCAGGGGAGUUUGCAGGCUGGCAACACAGACUGUCCAGGGAAAGGAGCCAGUAAUUGCCAUUCUGGCUGGCACAGUGAUAUCCUUCAGGACAAAGAGUUUAAUACUACCCCAGAGAACUGCAUCACCCAGAACAUUCAGGAUAAAUGGACAGCUCUUGCUUUAGAAACAACACAACCCUUGGUUCAGAAGCAAAGUGUGCAAAACCUCGACCCCAGAUUGUGGGGUGCAGGACAGCAUCAACCGAAAGCAGACCAAAUCAGAUCUUCUGAGAAAACUAUAAACAAAUUGUGGGGUGUCUUCCAGACCAACCCUCUCGAUGACACUGUGUCAGUAGCCAGGGGAAAAGGAACCUGCAGAGAAUAUUUCAGAGACAACCAGUCAGACAUAGGAUGCUGUACAGACCAAAUCUCGCAAGCUGUAGUUAACACUCACUCAUGUCUAGACUGGGCAGAUAGUGCUAAACUAAAGUCUGAGGAGGGUAAAAAUCCAGGCCAACCUUUAGGAACUCUGAUGCCAUCAUUAAGUCUUGGUGCUCAUUCCAGUAAGGCAAGUAGGCUGCAUUGCGCGGCAAGGCAUGAACAAAGUGACCAUAAUUAUCAGAGUGAAAUGAGGAAUGAGGUGAGGGAGCAGAGUGAAGCUGUACUCAGAGACUCUGACUGUGUGACCCAGCAUCUGUUUGAAGUGACAGGACCAACCAGCUGUUUGCCAGUUGCUGCACCUAUCAUAGCCUCAACCCACAAGGAAACCAGGAUAGAGCAGAGAGACCACAGUGUAGGUGCAGAGACCGCUACAGAAACACUGAUUGCUGAGGGAGCUUCUGAUGGGGAGGUUAUCAGUCAGUGCACGAGUAGAGAGGGUGGUGAAACUCUCCCGGCCGCUCAGCAGCAGCCACAGAGCCAGGCUUUGUCAGGAUGUAAGAUUGAGGAGCAAAACGACAGGGCCACAAGAACAGAGGAGGCAACAGAAGGGAAAGCUCCCAAAGCCUUUUACGACAAAGCUAGUGAUCAUUCAGGUGGCGACAGUAGAGUGGACACUGACAGGUCAGGACUGCAGAGACAGGGUGCUGAGUCGUAAGUAUGUUGGUACAGUAGCUUAUCUCUGAAUUAUUUACGCUGCAGUCACCAUGUUCAGUAUAGAUUCCAUUGAUGGGGGAGGAAGUUUAUCCAGGUAAACCUCUGGAUUUAAUCAAUGUUGUUGUAAGUAGAUCCUUCUAUUCAAAACAAUUAGAUUGAUUACAAACACAGAUCUUUUGUUUAAACUAGUUUCUUGCCAGAGCUAAACCUUCCCCCCCACCCCUCCACCUUUAAAUCCAGUUGCAGUGCAUUUCCCUGGGAAGGCAGAGUUCUGUCCAGCUCUCAGGUCGAUCUCUGAAUUUGCGCCUCCCCCUCCCCUCCCCUACCCCAUGGACACAUUCCAGUUAUUCAGUCUAUUGCAGGACACACUAUGGUUCCGUUCAAUGACCUUACCCAAGCAGCCUGGCAUGAGUUCAGCACAUCCUAAAGAUCAAGAAGUUGUUCUGGGAUCUAUUCCUGGUCUUUGCUGAGAUAUCUGAUCAGAGCCAGGGAUACACCGAUCAGCUUCAGCAUCACUGAGGGUAUCAGAGGGAGAAAAUGAGCCACGGCCACUGCUCCUGCUGCACUUGUUGCUGGCUCCUGUGAUUGAGUAGCACCCACUGUGGGCUCACACAUGAAUGACAGCCAGACGGGCAAGAUUCUGGUAAGCAGCUGUGACAGCGAUAAUUGAAAGCCUAGACAAGGAGAAAAGAUUGAUACAGGGGGUGUAGAAAUAAAACCUUCCUUUGAGAUGACAAUAGGUGAAUAUACAUUGAACAGAAAUUAAGCCCUGAAUUCUUUAAACUCACUUGCACAUAGGUAACCAACACUAAAUUUUGUGUUCAAGCUUUCUUUUUAAGUCUGUCUGUCUGACAAGGCCGUGAAUAGAUGGCGCUUCAAUUUGAAACUAACAGCAUGUGACUCAGGACCCUGUGAGGUUGGGUGUAAGGGCCUGUAUGACAGACCAUCACAAGGGGCAUUUAUUUGUGUGUGUGUGUGCAUAUGUACAUGUGUGCAUAUGUAUGUAUGUAUGUGUGUGUUUGCAAGUCUCAGAGACAUGCAAACACACACAUACAUACAAAUGUGUUUCUGCGCGUGUGUCUCU